CGGGCGAAGCAGAUAAAGCGUGCCAAGGGGCACACGACUUGCUGCUCAGGAAAUCCCCGCGGUCUCACCGCCGCGCCUCGAGAGAGAGCGUGACAGAGGCCCCGGACCCCAUUCUCUCUUCUUUUCUCCUUUGGGGCUGGGGCAACUCCCAGGCGGGGGCGCCUGCAGCUCAGCUGAACUUGGCGACCAGAAGCCCACUGAGCUCCCCACGGCCCUCGCUGCUCAUCGCUCUCUAUUCUUUUGCGCCGGUAGAAAGGAUGACGCCUCAACCCUCGGGUGCGCCCACUGUCCAAGUGACCCGUGAGACGGAGCGGUCCUUCCCCAGAGCCUCGGAAGACGAAGUGACCUGCCCCACGUCCGCCCCGCCCAGCCCCACUCGCACACGGGGGAACUGCGCGGAGGCGGAAGAGGGUGGCUGCCGAGGGGCCCCGAGGAAGCUCCGGGCACGGCGCGGGGGGCGCAGCCGGCCUAAGAGCGAGUUGGCACUGAGCAAGCAGCGACGGAGUCGGCGAAAGAAGGCCAACGACCGCGAGCGCAAUCGAAUGCACAACCUCAACUCGGCACUGGACGCCCUGCGCGGUGUCCUGCCCACCUUCCCAGACGACGCGAAGCUCACCAAGAUCGAGACGCUGCGCUUCGCCCACAACUACAUCUGGGCGCUGACUCAAACGCUGCGCAUAGCGGACCACAGCUUGUACGCGCUGGAGUCGCCGGCGCCGCACUGCGGGGAGCUGGGCAGCCCAGGCGGUUCCCCCGGGGACUGGGGGUCCCUCUACUCCCCAGUCUCCCAGGCUGGCAGCCUGAGUCCCGCCGCGUCGCUGGAGGAGCGACCCGGGCUGCUGGGGGCCACCUCUUCCGCCUGCUUGAGCCCAGGCACUCUGGCUUUCUCAGAUUUUCUGUGAAAGGACCUGCCUGUCGCUGGGCUGUGGGUGCUAAGGGUAAGGGAGAGGGAGGGAGCCGGGAGCCGUAGAGGGUGGCCGACGGCGGCGGCCCUCAAAAGCACUUGUUCCUUCUGCUUCUCCCUGGCUGACCCCUGGUCGGCCCAGGCCUCCACGGGGGCGGCAGGCUGGGUUCAUUCCCCGGCCCUCCGAGCCGCGCCAACGCACGCAACCCUUGCUGCUGCCCGCGCGAAGUGGGCAUUGCAAAGUGCGCUCAUUUUAGGCCUCCUCCCUGCCACCACCCCAUAAUCUCAUUCAAAGAAUACUAGAAUGGUAGCACUACCCGGCCGGAGCCGCCCACCGUCUUGGGUCGCCCUACCCUCACUCAAGUCUGUCUGCCUCUCAGUCUCUUACCACCCCUCCUCCAAUGUGAUUCAAUCCAAUGUUUGGUCUCUCAGCGCUUACUCCCCUUGCCUUGCUCCAAAGACGCUGCCGAUCUGCUCUACUCCCAAUCAGGUCCGGGAUUUCAGGGCGCCUCACUCUGCCUUAAAGCCACGAAGGCGACCCUCUGCCUUCUCCUCGUGCACUUUUCGGAGCCAUUGCCCUCCCGGGGCGGAAGACCAGGCUGUGAACUGGGAAAGCGCUAGCCCGGCCAGGGAGCACCUCCUCAGCCUCCCUGCGGAUUGCGCCUGAAACGUGAGCUGCGCUGCAGGUGCCUGGAGCACCGCGCAUCUUUUUUUUUUUUUUAAUCUGUUUGUAAAUUAUAUGAUGCCUUUUGAAAUCAAUUUUGGUACAGUAAAUUAUAUGGCCCCUCCCCUGUUUUACACAUUCGUAUUUAUUAACGAGAUUUCACAGCAGGGAAAAGUCUAUAUUUUGUAUAUUAGAUUAUUUAGGGAUUGCUGGAUGAGAUUUUAAGCCAAUAAAAAAAAAAUGGACCUUCAA